GUGCUGUGUCGAAUCGGCUGGUCCCGGUCUAACAGCCAGGCUUUAUACAGGCCGAAAAAAACCCACAAAAAAACCCGUGCCCGUUUUUAAGUCCUACGGAUUUAUUUUUUUGUUCUAAAACCCAUUAAUUUCCAAAGUGAAAGGUGGGGGGACAGUACUCUUAGAGCUUCUAGAACGCUAACCCCGAGGCCUUUUCGUGUUGAAUCUGGCGUUCUGAAUGUCCAGGCUCGGCUGUGGCGAGAAGAUACAGAAGGGGCGGGGUGGUUUGGGGCGGUAGUUUAAUUCCGUGCCCGGGAAUUGCGGCGAUUUGUAGUAUUUUAGCAUUUGAAUGCAUGCUUACGAAAGAAAAAAGUAUCGUUAGUGUGGACUGGGCCUGGUGGAGGGAGUACGGUGAAAGUGACGUUUUGAAACCAAAGGACAGUAAACGCUUCUUCUCUUCCCAAACGAGCCUGCCCCGCGGGCCCGGCGGCCGCCUCUGUACUGUCCGGAGAGAACAUGGCGGCCCCCGGAACCCGGAGCUGCAGCCUCUCGGGCCUGCUCCCGGCUCAGACCUCGUUGGAGUACGCCCUGCUCGACGCCGUCACCCAGGAGGAGAAGAAUAACCUGGUCUACCAGUAUCUGCAGAAGGUGGACGGCUGGGAGCAGGACUUACUAGUGCCCGAGUUCCCGGAAGGAUUAGAAUGGCUGAACACUGAAGAACCUAUUUCUGUCUACAAGGAUCUAUGUGGGAAAGUGGUCAUCUUUGAUUUCUUCACCUAUUGCUGCAUAAAUUGUAUUCACCUAUUGCCUGAUCUCCAUGCCUUAGAACACUCCUACUCUGAUAAAGAUGGUCUUCUGAUUGUUGGAGUUCACUCGGCUAAAUUUCCAAAUGAAAAAGUCCUGGAUAACAUUAAAAGUGCCGUUCUUCGCUACAAUAUCACCCACCCUGUGGUUAAUGAUGCCGAUGCCAGUCUUUGGCAAGAACUGGAAGUUUCCUGCUGGCCAACUCUGGUCAUACUUGGACCCCGUGGAAACAUGUUGUUUUCUUUGAUUGGAGAGGGACACAAAGAUAAAUUGUUUUUGUAUAUUUCAAUAGCUUUAAAGUAUUACAAAGACAGAGGACAGAUCAGAGAUAAUAAAAUUGGAAUAAAACUCUAUAAAGAUUCUUUGCCACCUUCACCAUUGCUGUUUCCUGGCAAAGUAACAGUAGACCAUAUUUCUAAGAGAUUGGUAAUAGCAGACACUGGACAUCAUAGAAUUUUGGUCGUCUGGGAGAAUGGACAAAUUCAGUACAGCAUUGGAGGACCCAACCCGGGAAGAAAAGAUGGAAUAUUUUCAGAGUCAGCUUUUAAUUCACCACAGGGUGUAGCCAUAAUGAAUAAUAUCAUAUAUGUGGCAGAUACUGAAAACCACCUUAUAAGAAAGAUUGACCUAGAAGCUGAGAUGGUGAGCACCGUAGCGGGCAUUGGAAUUCAAGGUACAGAUAAAGAAGGUGGAGCUAAAGGAGAACAACAGCCUAUUAGUUCCCCUUGGGAUGUAGUUUUUGGAAGAUCAGGUUUAGAGGUCCAAAGAGAUGACAUUUUGUGGAUAGCCAUGGCAGGGACUCAUCAGAUAUGGGCACUCCUACUGGACAGUGGAAGACUACCAAAGAAAAAUGAGUUAAAAAAAGGAACCUGCCUUCGGUUUGCUGGUAGUGGAAAUGAAGAGAAUCGAAAUAAUGCAUAUCCUCACAAGGCAGGUUUUGCCCAACCUUCAGGUCUCUCUCUGGCCCCAGAAGAUCCAUGGAACUGCCUGUUUGUAGCCGAUAGUGAGAGCAGCACAGUGCGAACCGUCUCGCUGAAAGAUGGAGCAGUGAAGCACCUCGUAGGAGGCGAAAGAGAUCCCAUGAAUUUAUUUGCUUUUGGUGAUGUCGAUGGAGUAGGAAUGGACGCAAAGCUUCAGCACCCACUGGGAGUAACGUGGGACAAGAAAAGGAAUUUACUUUAUGUAACAGACUCUUACAAUCACAAGAUUAAAGUUGUGGAUCCAAAAACAAAAAACUGUACAACAUUAGCAGGAACUGGAGAUGCAAGUAAUAUCAGUUCCAGUUUUACCGAGUCAACUUUUAAUGAACCAGGAGGCUUGUGUAUUGGAGAGAAUGGUCAGUUAUUAUAUGUAGCAGACACCAAUAACCAUCAAAUUAAAGUGAUGGAUUUAGAAACAAAAACGAUUUCUGUGCUGCCAGUCUUCACAUCUGAAAAUGCUAUGGUAGAUGGCCCGUUCCUAGCAGAAGAACAGAAGACGGUACCCAAACUGCCUAAAUCUGCUCCAGUCAUUAGUCUUCCCCCAGUGGCCGCAUCUCCAGGACAGACUCUUCAGUUCAAGCUAAGAUUAGACCUCCCAUCAGGAACAAAGCUAACUGAAGGAGUAGCCAGUUGCUGGUUUCUAACAGCUGAAGGCAAUGAAUGGCUUCUUCAAGGACAGACACCAUCUGGAGAAAUAGAGAACAUUUCCAAUCAGCCAACCAUCUCCCUGCAGGUUCCUGGAGAUUGCUUAUCACCCGAAGCCGUUGUAUCUAUCAGCGUGUUUCUUUAUUACUGUAGCGCAGACGGCAGUGCCUGCAUGAUGAAGGGAAUUUUGUUCAGUCAGCCUUUACAGAUAACCAGUGCACAACACGGUUCCUCAGCUCCAGUAGAGCUCAAGUAUGUAUUUUAGCAAGCUAUUAGGUUGUGCAGAAGUCAUUGCGGUUUUUGCAGUUAUUUUUAACCUUUUAAACCGCAACGACUUUUGCACCCACCCAAUAGCUGGCAAUGCCUGUGUCCAUCCUCACCAUCACUGCACCUUACGAAAGAAGCUUUUCUGCUGCCUCUGGGUUACCAAGAAACCCACUGCUCAGUUCUAGCAACUGAUACUACAGUAAAGCUCUGCUCCUUAUUUAUUUAUUGUGAACAAAUGCCUUCAUUCCGGCUGUGUAUCAGCUCAGUCACUGACCAUUCUUUGAACCACGUUGUUGUAAUCUAUGCUGCUAUUUGGCGUAAGACUUAAGUCCACACUAUAGUAUAGAAUAUCAUUAUGAGAUAAUUUGCAAUGAUUACGGAUAACAAUGAUACCAAAUAUUUUAACUAACUUUUCCUACCUUUAUUAAUAGCAAGCAGCACAUUUGAAUGUGUGAAUUUCACAGUAACUGUAAAGAGAACCUAAGAUCCAAUCCACAUGUUGGUAUAAGGAUGCCUGACAUUCAAGGUGUAAGGUCUAUUUUAAGCUCCCCCCAAAAAAGUCUUUUCAUCACAGUAGAAACUAAAAGUGUACCUGGGUGGUAAAUAUGUUCUUUGUUCUCUUCUGCAGUUUUCACAGUUGAGAGAUAUAUUUAAAAGAGAAUUAUCUAUUUUUAUUAUAAAUUAUUAGCUAUUUUAAUUUACCAUUAUUAAUGCCUUAUAACUCUGUACAGGAAAAGGUAAAGACAGAAGCUCUGAGGACAUACAGACUCACUCCUUUAAUUGUUUUCUGAAUGAACAGUCUUACUAAAUAACAAACAAGUCCUCAGAAAUAUGACUUUCACGGAGAAAGGGAUGUAAGGACACAGUACUGUUUGUGAUAUUAUUUAAUGAUAAAGAAUUAAUUGCGACAGCUGAAUCUGAUGUGAAUGGGUAUGUAUGUUGUCUUAGAAAUUUACGUUUCACUUGUAAGCAUAAAAUACAGAUUUGUUGGGUUUUUUGGUUCACAUAUUCAAAAUUUAAAUUAUGAUCAUUUAUGGUGAUGUUUUAAAAAUCACUUUUAAGCCUUCAAAGUGAAAAUUUCCAUAUGAUGCACUUUCAUGCUAUUAAUAUAUAUAGUAUAUGCUAAUAUAUUCCUCUUUAAAAUAUUAAGGCUGAAACAUGUAGUGAUUUGAUGACACUGUUUUGGGUUUUCUUUUUAACCCCAAAAGCUAUAGUCACUAAAAGAUACUGAAAGUUUUUUUAUAGUCAUAAUUUCUCUUCGUAACUCUUUGAAAGCCUAUUCUCGUUUUUACUAAAACUUAUUCAACUGUUUGUUAUUUAAUAAGGUUACAAGAUUUUUUUAAAAAAUCAGGCGAGCCAUAUUUAUUCAAUAAAUAUUUAUAGACAAUAUGGCAUAAUAUACCUUUCCCCCUUCAAAAACAGUGCUAAAUUUGAAGUGUAAUUUUUUAAGCACCGUCAUCUGCCCAGUUCUUUAUAUAUUUUGUGAAAUACAGUUUUGAACAUAACUAUUCUCUUCUUUUAUACAGGUUACCUAAAUUUCUGAAGUAAGGAAAUGCAUACAUUAAGACUUAGACUUAAUUUAUAACUUGCUAAAGCUAUUUUAAAGAGAAAUAUAAAUGUACAGGAAUCAUGUUUAAAAUUAUAUCUAAUUACCUCAUAAACUUUUUCUCUCCACACAAAAAAAUGUUAUUCCGUAAUAAAAGAAUGUAUAAUGUUAAUAUUCUUUUUUAUGAAGGACAGGCCAUAGUCGUUUUUUAAUCUCAUUAUCAUAUGUCUCAUUUCCAGUUGGACAGGAUAAGAAUAUUUUGGCUUAAUCUUUUCCUAUUUAAGGAUAUAAACAGUUUCACUCUCUAAAAGAAGUUUAUGCAGUUUUAACUUGCUAACUCAGAUGUACCUGAUAAUUUUUCAAUACUGUACACAGACACACAUACAGUAUGUAUUUUUAUGUACAUUAAAAAUCCAAAAAUAUUUUUUAGAAUCUAUUAAUAAUGUUCCCUUUGUCUAGACAGUUUUAGGUUAGUAUUAAGCUUAUACUUCACUUUCAAAGUACAGUCUUAAUGAACAUUCUUAUUCUUACUCAGCCACCAGUCUGCAUUUUUUACAUUCAGAAUAUUACUUAUAUGAUUAGUAUGAUUUUUUGUAAAUUAUACUAAAGCAAUAUAAAUAGGUUCCUAGAAUUUAUGACUAACAUAAGCCUCUAACAUAAGCCGCUUACAUAAGAGGAAGUCCUAGGAAGUUUAUUUUUAAAAAUUUCUUGAUCCUCAUCUGCCUUGUUUCCUAUAAGAACGUCUGUAUUUUUUAACUUUUAUGAAGAGUAAGACUUUAGUGUACGUAAGUCACCUUAAUCAAAGUGCCUGUGGUGUUACACACACUUUGACAUAAUACCUGGAAUCUUUGUCCUAAAUUAUUCUGCUGGUUUCUAUUUUUUCCACCACUCUUUGUGAUAUCAUGUAUACUCAGGAUUGAUAUGAUCCCUGAAAAGAAUUUUGCUUAUCUCGAAUAUGCUGUUUCAAGCAAAUAUUUAACAACUAUUCACAAGGAAAAACUUUUACAGCUUAAUCACCCAUAAGUGUAACUUUGGCGAAGUUCAGUGACUAAAAAAACAAUUUUCUCCUUAACUGUUCUAAUAAUAUAUUUAGUUUUAGCUUUCCAUAGGUCUGAUCAUAUUAUAAAUCUUAACACAGCUACAAAAAGGUUUAAUAUGUAUGAAUGAGUAUAUGUACAUGUAUAUAUGUUUGUCACUAUGUACAUACACAGAUACAAAGAUCAACUCAAGAAUUUCUCACGUAAGUUUCUCUUAUGGCCAAUAUAUUUUUGAGCUAAUACCACUGAAAUAAGUUACUCUCUGCUUGUUUUUCCAUAGUUGGAAAAUUUGGGAAGAUACGGCACAAAAUUUACUAUAAUUUAUAUCUGCCAAUUAAAAAGACUUCAGUCUGGCCUCUAUAUUUGGCAUCAUGUUUAAGAACAGUCAUCAGAAACUAAAUUCCAUAGUUCACAAUUGCAUAAAAAUAUAUGCAGAGGGACUGUGUCAAUGGCAAUUUUCCUGAAUGGCGGAAUUAUGAAUAUUUUUAUUUUAAUUCUGCUUUUGUUUUUUUUUUUUUUUCAGUGAGCAAUGAGUUAAUUUUUUUGAAAAAACCCAACUGGAAAUGUUUUUUAAAGAUUUUAAAUGAACUGCAUAGUAAGCAUUUAUUAUAUAAUAACUUUUCUAGGGUCACUUUUAUUACCAAAGAUCAAAACAUAGUUUAGAGCUCUUGGAUCUCCCGGUUCUAAGUGUGUGGUGUGGUGGAGACAGAAAUGAUUGUGGUUCUUCUGGUUUCUUCAUUGUGCAGUGUGGUGGUUAAGAGCAGGGACUGCGCACUCACUUAGAUUCUGACCCUAUAAAAUGAGGCUGCUAGCCCUGCCUCAUGGGGUGGCUUAAAGAUUCGAUGAAAUGGUGUUUGUAAAGCAUUUAGUAACUAAUGAAACUGCUAGUUCCCGCCUUAGUUAAUAACAAUUUAUGGCCAUAAGCACAUGGCUUGGCAUUUUUUCUGCAACCAGUUUCUAUAGGAAACUAUUUCUCUACCAACUAUUUGAUAUGUUAAUAUACUCCAUAGAGUUGGGAUACAAGAAGAGAAAUAAAGCAUAUUACUAUUUUAUAAAUAAUAUUGUAGUUACAAAGAAGCAUGCCUACAGUCUUAUUAAAAAUAUGUUUUUGAAGACCCUCUAGAGUAAUUAAUGCCCUUUGAAAGGGUCUAGAUGUACUCAUCCUGAAUCACAUUCCUGUAACACCCCCUGAUGGUGCUUUACGAAAUCUUCAGAGUACCUUUGUGCCUUUUGCCUCAUUUGAGCCUUAAAGUAAUCUGGUGAACCAGACAAGUAGAUGUUGUGUCCAUUUUGCAGAAUAGGAAACAGCUGUAGGAAGUUGGUGGCAUAUCUCAACAUCAGAGCUCCCAGAACAAUGCCCGAUGCUAGAGCAGUGCCUGGUAGGAGCAGUUGCUUGGGCCGGUCGGGUUGGAUGACUAGAGGGUAAAGGGUGAGUGAUGGAUCCUGUAUUUGAGCACCAGUCUCGUAAUUCCUAGCUCUACUCCUAGAUGUAGAAUGAAAAGGGGCUGCGGAAUUCGGAGUACUUACCUUACUUUUGUGAAUGCUUUCUUGAGCCUUUCAGUAUUUAAAUAAAGUCACAAAGAUAAUAGCUAAAUGUAUUGAGUGCUUACUAUGUGCCUGGCACUUUUCUAAGUGCUUUAUACAUGUUAACUCAUUUACUCUUCACAACCACUUUAUGAGGACCUAAUUUUCCUUAUUUCCCUGAUGAGGAAACUGAGACACAAAGAAGUUAUAAGCAGUUACGCAAACAUAGUCAAGAUCCUGCAUUUAAGAAUCGGAUGAGUCUGCUUAACUACUGUGCUGCAUUGCCUCUUAAAGUAGUUUUCUUGAAAACAUAAAUCUUUCAUAGUUUUAAGUAGUAAUGAAUCAAUCCAAAGAAUCCAAAAAGUCCUAGUGAUCACUGGUUUUGAAAUUUAAAUUAAAUCCAUUUAAUUAUAUUUUUGGACUUUUCAUUCUACACUCUUAUCCUUCAGGGUUUGAAACAAUCUGAUUAUUGUUGUUCUCCAAAAGAUUUUCUGUACCAUUCUUUCUUAAAUUCAGAUUAUUAUCCAAAGUUUUUCUUGGCAGAUGGAUAUAUUAAGGAAUUAAAUAUCUUUUCAGUGUUAGUUCCAACAAUGAAUGCUAUUUUAAUUGGUCUUCAAAAGGUAAUUAUAAGACCUUGUCAUAAAGUAUAACUGAAUUCUUAGCAUAGAACUGUCUCAAAUCCAAAAAGCUUCUUUAAGAAAAAUUUGUUUUAAUAACCAAAGUCAGCUCUAGAAACAUAACAUUUGGCCAAUCUGUUAACACACAUAAAAACUUACUUGCUUCAUAAAUAACACUGCAGUAGGUGGACCUCACCCCUCACACACUAGGUCAGCCUAUUUAUUAUUCUAGUAUUAAAAGGAAUGAAGUAAAAUGCUAUCUACCACCGAUCAUGGUCCAUGAUCAUCCAGGUAAAAGAAUGUAAACAUCUUUUCCUUGUUAAACAGUUUGCUAGUUUAAAUUAAGAAACAUUAGAAUUUGUUAAUUUUGUUGUAAAAUCCCAUUUCUGGAAUCCGUAAGGAAUUAUACGUCAACUUAAAACAGGAAUGAUCGUGUCAUACUUUAGAAGUAGAAUUCACUGUUGCUCACCAAGAUUUCCUCCUUUUUCCUCCAGUGGCACAUACAUAAUUUAUUUAAGUAAAGAAUUCACACUAACCGUAGGUCAUUAUUUCGUUCUGAAUAAUUAAAAGUUGGCAUUUUCCCAUUUCCUUGCAAUAGGGUAGUAGAAAGAUUGGUAUUACAAGUUAGAGGCUCAACUGAUCUGUCUGGAUCCCAUGUCCAGCAAGCCUCGGCCCUUCAGAUACGAGCCUGCAGGAGAGGUGAGGUGGGCCAGCUUCUGGCUGUCCCGCGGUGUCACCACAGAGCCUGGGGAAGUGGGACAGGAGGCAGCGCCCCUCAGCUCCUCUGGCGGCACCCCUUCCAUUUCUUAGUGUGCUGACGGGGGUUAAUUAUUUUCAAAGAUUAGAGCUGGAAAGCGAAAACCCUAGCUACUCUCUGUGGAAUGUUUGCCUAGUGUAGUUAUUCAUUGUUUGGUAUGUCCCUUUUUGCUGGUAUGUCGCUCUCAAGUGUACUAAGGACAGUUCAUUCUGUUGAAAGCUCCACAGUCCAAAGGAAAGAAUCCCAAGGAUUGUCCCAUGCACUUCCCAGCCUGGACCAGCAAUCGCACACUGAAAAGCACUUCCUCGAGCACAGCACAGCAGCACUGAACAGCCUGCAGCUGAGGGCGUUCUUACCAACGGCGGGUAAGAACAGGCAGUCCUUCCUCUAAGCACUAACUUCCAGGCACAAUUGUCAGAUUAUUUCUAAGGUUUGGAAAUUUGAAACUAUGAGUUAGAUGGACAAACGGAAUAUAUUCCCUUUUGCUUUUAAUACGCUUGGUUACAUACUUACAUUUGAAAUAAAGUGAGAUGAGGCCUCAGAAUACUGAGAAGCAGAGGGGAAAAAUAGCCCUCAGAUUUAAAUAGGCCCAAUUUAAGCAGUAUCUUUCUGAUUACCUACUGCGCUGUGUUCAUGAAAAAUACAUGCUAAAAUAUAUCGGGCAAAACAUCAGUUGGUAAAUUAUGGUAAUGAAGAGUAAAAAUAGACAUGUUUGUUCCUCUCUGAAAAUAGUAGGACUCUGCCAUGUAACUCGCUUCUAGUUUUAGAAUUUGUAGCCAUUAUUCUUAGUCCCACCAGAAAUAUAUUCAUUCUGUGAGCAAGGAUAUAGUGUUGAUUGUUGUGUUCAUUACAGUAUUCGAGACGCUAACAAGUUUGUUUGUACAGAGUUGAAACGUAUUGUUCCUGCCUGCCUCUGAUAGUCAUCCAAAUUUCUCUGCAAAGAGUAUACUACCACUUCCUCCCCACACUUCAGGCUUCCCUCUCUUUAAAAACAAUAGUAGUUUCUGUACAAGUUUCAGUGAAGAAUUGUGGUCACACAACAGAAAAAACAAUGAUUUUGUUGUAAAUUUUUUUUCCUAGAAUUCCUAAUAUCUCAAUUUCCAAAGGAGGAGAACAGUACCCUAUCCUAUGUGACUUUAAUUUCUCUCUACUCUGAGGAGUACUUUCUAAUUACGUUUUACAUAGGUUAAUAUAGAAAAAAGAAGGUUGAAGUUCUCACUGUUAGGAUCCACUGAGAGCCAGUUUAGAUAUGUUUUCAUUGCUGUCAUUACUUUACAUCUGGAUAAUGGACAUAUCAAAGUUUUCUGUGUAAUAUCAUUCACACAGAAAACUGAUUUAUCUAUGAUAAUUAUAUAUAUAUAUAUGUAAUUACUUUCAAGUUGUAACAUUUCAUAAAUUUGUCAAAUUUUAGAGACAAACUUUUCCCCUCUCUCGUGUGGAUAAACUUGUGGUUUUAUUUUUGAGAAUAGAGUUGGUCUGCUAUACUGACUUCAUAUCUGUCAUUCCAAAGGUUUGAUUAUAUUUAUUUUUUUUCUCCAAAAAUAAAAAAUGCAAUGAAAAUCCAAUUUACAAGGACAUAUUGAUAUUUCUAGACAUGGUCUAGUUCUAAAAGAAUUUACUUGGUUUGCAUUUUUCAAGCAUUUCAUGUAGACAGAUUAAUAUAUUUUUGUACACUUUAUUUCUACAUUUAUUUCAAGACUACUUUCAGUGACUUUUUCAAGUGCAUGUGUGAACAGAAGAUGGUUUGGAAUGAGUGUGCAGUGGUCUUUAUCACCAACUCAAAAGAAGUGUAAUGUAUGUGAUUGUAGAAAGCAAGGAUGUAUUUAUACUGUACUGUACACUGAAACCUAAUGACUCUUUUCUAAAGCUUUGUACAUUUUUUCAUGAAACAGAUUAAAUAUUUUCUCUCUAAAGCCAUGUUUCUGAUUUUAACA